UAGGUAGGUAUGAGAUGAAGCUUAGUUUUGAGAUAAGAUGUUUGGCAUGUGUUGGAUCGUUUUUCUCUUCUUUUAUCUACCCACGUAUUUCUUCUUUCUUUCUUUCUUUCUUCCUUUCUUUCUUUCUGCUCGAUACAACGAAUCCAAUACGACAGAUUGUCAAAAAGAAAUUCCAAGAAUUACAUCCCACCCUUCUUGAAAGAAGCGAUCAUCAAAUCAUCAAACCCCAAUCCCAUUCACCACCGAAAUCCGGCCCAGCACCCAACCCCACCUCAAAAUAACCUCAAAAUUUCCCAAUCCAGCUAAAACAACUAUCGCCAAUAAAACACACCUCUCAAGAACCAAACCGAACCAAAGCCAAACCCUGCUCAGAAAAAAGAAAGAUGGCACCCGUCAAACCCUUCUGGUCCCAACCCUCCCACCCACACAUCCAAGAAGUGAUCUACGGCGAAGACGAAAACGGAUACACCACGAAAUCCAUCUCUAGAGUUUCUCUACCGCCAUACGCCGUGUUUGCAAAAAUGGUAGUUUUUACCCUCUAGAAACACAUAUUAAUGCUUUUUCUACAAGAUUAUGGAAAAGCACCUCUCUAUAUAUAUGUAUAUAGUGAAAGUAGGAAGUGAAAGGAAUAGGACUUAAUAACUAACCAAGAUAUCUAAUUAGGAAUUUCCCCCAUGUACUGUUGCCCCUGAGGCUACUUAUGCAACUGUACAGACAGGUACCAAUACGCAUUUAAACCUCAAUUCGGAUUUAUUAUAUAUAAACCAUUCCUGUGAACCCUCUCUCGUACGUAGUAUUCCGUAUUCCAUGAUUCAAUACAUUCCCCCUCCUCCCUUUCCCCCAAGUAACCCCCCGUUCUAACAACCCACCCACACCACAGAUCUUCGACCCCCAAAACCAACACAUUCUCACUUCCCACAAUGGCCUAAACCAAGGCCAAGAACUAACAUUCUUCUACCCCUCCACCGAAUGGAAGAUGUCCCAAUCCUUCUCCUGUAACUGUGGUACUGCUUCUUGUGUGGGUGAGAUCAGUGGAGCGGGACAGAUGAGCGCGAGUGCGCUAGAGGGGAAAUGGUUGAGUGGACAUAUUCGGCGGGCGUUGGAGGAGAGGGAUGUGGUGAAGAAUGGGGAUGUGGUGAAGAAUGGGGGGAAUGGUGGGAAGAGUGUUAAUGGGGGGAAGAAACUGAAUGGAGUUAAUGGGGAGAAGUUAAAUGGAGGGAUUGAUGGACAGGGAGAAAUCAACGGACGUAGAGGUGUGACGAGUAGGGAGAUGAGCGGGGAGAUGGGUGGAGAUACUUUGUAGAUUUCUGGGGGGAUGAUUGGGAGGAGGUUUCCUUCGUGUCUAGUUUUGUGAUUUGUUGAUUUCAGUGUUUUUGUCCUUCAACAGGAUAUGCGAGUUUGGUAUGUUGAGAUUUAACAUCUCGUAGGUGUCACAUUACGCAUUAUACAUA